AUGUCCAUGUCCAUGUCGCAGCUCGUCGCCCAUAGACCCGAUUUGCUUGCUGCUAAGCGCAAUCCCCAGCCUCUUGAGCCCCAUAUCCAGCCUCGCCAAUUCCAUUGCCCAGUGUCUGGCUGCGAUCUCGAGUUCGACUCGGACCUUGCCCUCAAAGACCACCAACACUCACCCCAUGCACGUGGGCACUGCAUAGUCAGCAAGGACCCGUUCACCUGCAAAUGCAGCCAGGAGUUCGUCAAACUCUAUUCCCUGGAACGACACAUCCGAGAUUUCCAGGACUCCGUUCCCGCAUUCUCAUGCAACGAAUGCAACCUGCACAAGGGCAAUGAUGGCUUCAAGCGAAAGGACCACCUUGUUCAACACCUUCGGGUCUUUCACAAAUACGGACCCGAGGCGCUUGCGGUGCAAUUCCCUCCUCGCAAAGCUCGACUGUACUCCAUUGCAGUCUGUCAUGUCAAAGGAUGUCAGCACUAUCGCGAGCCAUCGUUCACCGAGUUGGGUCACAUGGAGUAG